AUGGGAAUAUGCGGACAUGUGAUCGGAAGUGUAUCUGACCUCUUUGCGGGCUUCAGAUACCUCAAUCCUAUUUGCCAACAGAUGGAUGCUAAGCUGAGGAAGUUAAAGACAACGGAAGAGAUACUAACGGCCAUUAUCACCCACAGAGGUGUCAUGUUUGUGCAGAAUCUCGUCACGGCAGUUGAG